CAAGUAUAUGCCUACUGUGGGGAGAAGGGUAGUUUUAGGAACAGGAGAUGCUAUCCACAGUACCUAAGACUAGGAGUUCACAAGGAUCACCUGUGUAUUCACUGCAUAACAGGAAGUAUGUUUCUUUGGUAAAUGAGGUAAGAGUGGGAGUAAGCUGUGCUUUCUGAGGGCCAGGACCCCUCUUCUCUCCCUCCACCAUGCUCAUGAUCCUUUCCAGUUUCACUCCCGCUGGCACCAGUUCUUAUUUUAAUAUAUAACCUCUGUCCUUUCAGUCCGUAGAUCUUGCAGGCAUCAGCAUUUAGCUAGGGCGGAAGGUCUACAUACAUAUAAAUUGCACAUAACUAUAUCUCCUACCUAUCUGCACAAAGAGACCAGUCUUCUGUCCUGAAAGCCUGAAAGUGUUUAGUAGUUUAAGACCCUCUUCUGUUCCCUAACAUCGCCAGUUUCUACCUAGUAUAACUGAGCAUGGGUUUGAGACUAGAAGAAAGCCGUAACUCGGAAACCUUGGGCUUGGAUUGCGGGGAGAUGAGUUUACAAACAGAUGGGUCUGUAAGGCCGCAGGGUGGCGCCAGAGGAGGGGAGGCUCUCGGGCAUGGGAACUACACUUCCCGGAAGGCCUUGCGCGGGCGCCCGGCCGGAGCCUGCGGACGAGCACGGCAGGCGCAGGAGUGGUGCGAAACGGAUGGCUGGGCAGGUGAAGGACCGCGAGGCCUUCCAGAGGCUCAGCUUCCUGUACCAGGCCGCCCACUGCGUCCUUGGGCAGGACCCCGAGAACCAGGCACUGGCGAGGUUUUAUUGCCACACGGAGAGGAUCAUCGCAAAGCGGCUUGUCUUGCGGCGGGACCCCUCUGUGAAGAGGACCCUCUGUCGUGGCUGCUCUUCUCUCCUCAUACCGGGCCUGACUUGCACGCAGCGCCAGAGACGAUGCAGGGGACAGCGCUGGACAGUACAGACCUGCCUAACAUGUCAGCGCAGCCAGCGGUUUCUCAAUGAUCCUGACCAUCUGCUCUGGGGAGACAGGCCUGAGGCCCAGCUGGCGAGCCAGGCAGGUGAGAGAUAUCAAGCCACCACAGCCCCUGCCAAACACAGCCCACCCCAUUCCAGCCCACCUUCCUGAGGAGAAAGUGAAGCUUCAGAGCUCUGGUCACCAGUAAUGGAUUUACCCUGUCUUCCAAAUAAAGUUCAGUUCUGGUUCAAUU